AACACUAUUCGCGUCUCAUCUUGGGCUCGUCUCCCUCCCCAACCCAUCCCAGCCUCCACUCGACUCCCUCCUCGCCCCGAUUUACCAAACCCUAACCCUAGCAGCCCUCCCCCCAUCCCACCGAGCGAGCCCGCCGGCGAGGCGACCGACCGAGGAUGCCGUCGGGAUCGACGCAGUUCCGGUACACGCAGACGCCGUCCAAGGUGCUGCACCUGCGGAACAUGCCGUGGGAGAGCACCGAGGAGGAGCUCGUCGACCUCUGCAAGCCCUUCGGCAGGGUCGUCAACACCAUGUGUAACGUCGGCGCCAACCGCAACCAGGCCUUCGUCGAGUUCGCUGAUCAAAACCAGGCAAUUUCAAUGGUUUCAUAUUAUGCUUCAUCUUCAGAACCUGCCCAAGUUCGUGGUAAAACUGUAUAUAUCCAGUAUUCAAAUAGGCAAGAAAUAACAAAUAAUAAAGGCACUGGGGAUUCUUCUGGCAAUGUCCUGCUUGUCACCUUUGAAGGUGUCCAGCCUAAUGAUGUUAGCAUAGAUGUUAUUCAUUUGGUAUUUUCUGCUUUUGGGUUUGUUCACAAGAUAGCAACAUUUGAGAAAGCUGCUGGUUUCCAGGCGCUUAUCCAAUAUACUGAUGCUCCAACUGCUCUAGAAGCAAAAAAUUCGUUGGAUGGAAGAAGCAUCCCGAGAUAUCUACUGCCCGAACAUGUCAGCAUUUGUCAUCUGCGCAUAACAUUUUCUGCACACAAAGAUUUGAAUAUUAAAUUCCAGUCACAUCGCAGCAGGGAUUACACAAAUCCUUAUCUUCCUGUUAAUCCAACUGCAAUUGAGGGGAUUGCACAGCCCACAUUAGGCUCUGAUGGGAAGAUUAAGGAGCCUGAGAGCAAUGUACUUUUAGCAUCAAUUGAGAAUAUGCAGUAUGCUGUGGGAGUGGAUGUUCUGCACACUGUGUUUUCUUCUUUUGGUACUGUCCAAAAGAUUGCAAUGUUCGAGAAGAAUGGUGGAAUGCAGGCUCUGAUUCAGUAUCCAGAUAUAACAACAGCAGGAGUUGCUAAACAAGCCUUGGAGGGGCAUUGCAUAUAUGAUGGUGGUUACUGUAAGCUUCAUCUGUCAUACUCUCGUCAUACUGAUCUCAAUGUAAAGGCAAAUGAUGAGAGAAGCCGAGACUACACUGUCUCAAAUCCGAGUGCCCAGGUGCAAGCCCCAGGACUAAGCACCCCAGGAACAGCAUGGCAAAGCACCAUGCCAGCUGCUUCCUCCUUUUAUGGAAGCUCAGCAGGAGCGACCCCUGUUGGACAAGUGCGAGCUUGGAAUCCUAACAUGCAGCAAGGGGCAUUUGCAUCUGCAUCAACCUCGUACCCAACACAAUCUUUGAUGGCACACUCAGCUCCACACUAUCCUGUAAUCGGAUCCAGUUCUGGUGCUCCGCCAAUGUUGUACCAAGCAUCACAGCAGAUGGCCCAGUAUGGCGCACCCCGUGCUGCUCCGCCUCAUGCACCCUUGGCUGGCCAGCCGUUGUACUUCCCGAAAUAAGCUAUUCAUCUGAUAGCAUAGAGCAAUUGCGUAGCUGUAGUCUCUUGUCUGCAAGUUUUGGAACUGCAUUGUAACACUGAUAAUGUAGUUUCUUGUUACGUGCGAGGUCCCUGUGGUGUACCUGUCCGGCUAGCUGUUGUCACCUGUAAACUGCCCAGCAAAAUGAAAAAUUACCCAUCUUCUGUUCCUUGGUCA